AAACAUACCACUCCAGUCAGUCAGUCAAUCAAUCAAUCAAUCAGACCAUAUUUCCCCAUUAUAAAUCAUAGAUACAUUAUUCACCUGCCAAUACAAUAUAAUAAUCAAUAAUUCAAAAUGACUACCGAAGCUACUGUGAGGUCUUUCUUCAACUCCCCUCAAUUCGCCGUGGUCGGCGCCAGUACGAACCCCGCCAAAUUCGGUCAUAAGGUCUUCACCUGGUACCACGCGCACUCCCUCCCAGUAACCCCCAUCAACCCAGCCAGCGCCAACAUCGAAACACCCUUCGGCACGCAUCCCACAAUCAAAUCUCUCGCUGACCUCCCGGACCCAACACACACCUCACUCUCCGUCAUCACGCCCGCCCCAGUAACCCUAAACGUACUCAAGGAGGCUAAGAAACUCGGUAUCCCCGCUGUCUGGCUUCAACCCGGUACCUGGGACGACGCCGUGAUCGCAUACGCGCGCGGCAAAGCGGAAGGCGAGGAGGAAGCCGGGUACGAGGGUGCUGUGGUUGCUGGUGAUGGUGGUAGUGGCCAUGGCGGUUGGUGCGUGCUUGUCGAUGGCGAGAGGGGCCUCAAGGCGGCGGGAAAACUGUGAAAGCAUGGCGUGGGACAGCUUGUGGGACAAGUGUGUGUGCUGAUGUGAGGGCGGUUACAUGUGAUUUGAAUGGGAUGAGGGUUUUGUGAUAGAUUUCAAUUUUAAUUAUUGAUACAAGACUACCCGAACAGUGCUAUGAGCUGCGAAUGAUAGGGGUGAGUUUACUUGCUGUGAAGUACCUAUAUCACCGGUAGGAAAUCACCGUGGGCGCUGGGCUAGCGAUCGAAUACACUAGA